CCUCGCGCCGCGCUGGGAGCCAUGUCGCAGUGGGGGUCGUACUACCGGAGCGAGGGGCCGGAGGAGGAGGAGGACGAACAGCAGGAGGAGGGGGCUGAGGCGGUCGCGGACUACAGGUUCUCUGGUCGGGACAGCCUCAUUUUCUUAGUCGACGCCUCCGAGGCCAUGUUUGAGUCCGACGGGGACGAAGUGACUCCUUUCCACAUGACCAUCCAGUGCAUCCGGAAUGUUUAUACCAGCAAAAUUAUUAGUAGUGACAGGGACCUGUUAAGUGUCGUGUUCUAUGGUACAGAAAAGAACAAGAACUCGGCAGAUUUCAAGCACAUCUAUGUUCUUCAGGAGCUGGACAAUCCAGGUGCAAAGCGUAUUCUAGAGCUGGACCAAUACAGGGGAGACGAAGGACGAGUACUUUUCCGUGAGACCUUUGGCCACAAUGCUGACUAUUCACUGGGUGAAGCACUCUGGGCCUGCUCUAAUCUCUUCAGUGAUGUCCAAGUCAGAUUGAGCCACAAAAGGAUCAUGCUCUUCACCAACGAGGAUGACCCUCAUGCCAAUGACAGUGCUAAAGCCAAGCUGGCCAGGACCAGAGCUGGUGAUCUGAGAGACACAGGUAUCAUACUGGACUUGAUGCACUUGAAGAAGCCUGGAGGGUUCAAUAUCUCUUUGUUCUACAGGGAUAUCAUAAACAUAGCAGAGGAUGAGGACAUUGGGAUACAACCUGAGGAGUCAGGGAAACUGGAACAUCUCAUGAAGAAUGUAAGAGCAAAGGAGACAAAGAAACGGACUUUAGUCAGGUUAAAUCUGUAUCUGGACAAAGAUCUGUCACUUUCUGUUGGCAUUUACAACCUUGUUCAAAAAGCUUAUAAGCCCUAUCCGGUGAAGCUUUAUCGGGAAACUAAUGAACCAGUUAAAACAAAAACAAGGAUGUUUAAUGGGAAAACAGGCAGCUUGCUCCUGCCUAGUGACACAAAAAGGGCUCAGACAUAUGGAAACCGCCAGAUUGUGCUAGAGAAGGAGGAGACAGAAGAAUUAAAACAGUUUGAUUCUCCAGGCUUGUUUCUGAUUGGCUUCAAACCACUUUCAAUGCUAAAACAGCACCAUCAUAUCAAACCCUCCCAGUUCAUCUAUCCUGAGGAGUCCCUAAUAAGUGGGAGUAUGACGCUAUUUAAUGCCUUAUUGACAAAAUGCUUGGAGAAGAAGGUUAUGGCAAUGUGCAGGUACACCUCGCGGCGGAACACUCCCCCUCGCUUUGUGGCCCUGGUUCCCCAGGAGGAAGAGGUGGAUGAGCAGAAAGUGCAGAUAGCCCCUCCAGGUUUCCACAUCAUUUUCCUACCCUACGCAGAUGACAAACGGAAUGUUGAUUUUACAGAAAAGGUGCCAGCCAGUCGAGAGCAGGUGGACAAAAUGAAGGAAAUAAUUCAAAAACUCAGAUUCAAAUACAGGGCUGACAGCUUUGAGAACCCAGUUUUGCAGCAGCACUUCAGGAAUCUGGAGGCUUUGGCACUGGAUAUGGUGGAACCAGAACAAGCUGAGGAUCUUACAAUGCCAAAGGCUGAAGAGAUGAACCGCAGGCUGGGCAACCUGGUGGAGGAGUUUAAGCAGCUGGUUUAUCCCCCUGACUACAAUCCUGAUGGGAGGGCUGUAAAGCGAAAACAAGCUUCUGAUGGUCAAACUGAGAAGAGGCCCAAGGUAGAAGUGUCAAAAGAUGAGCUGCGGAGUCAUGUGCAGAAGGGCACUCUAGGCAAGCUCACUGUACCUGUUCUGAAGGACGCAUGCAGGCUUUACAGGUUGAAAGGUGGGGGGAAGAAGCAGGAGCUCAUGGACGCGCUAACUGAAUAUUUCAGUGAGCACUAAGCAGGAGCAGAAGGCCCUGGUUAACUUCUGUCUGCUUGAAGUUUUGGUUGUCUUAUGUGGAUGCUGUGUCUGUUUAAUCUUGCUAUGGAGGAGAAGGCGACUAAAUGUUGCUGAACCUAGCAGCGGAGAAACUUUUUACUCUGUAAAGUUGGAUUCUGUUCACAGUAGCCAAAGGUAGAAUUAAAUUCCCUGCUAACUCAGGUCACCCACUGCAAGUGAACACAGUGUGCCUUCCUCGUUUCUUAAUAAAAGUUAUUUUGGACUUCUUACUUUGCAACACUGGCUAUACCAUCUUUGUAUCAUAAAGACAGCAAAACUCACUUCAGUGUGAGUAAGAAAACAGAAUGAUCUGUGUUAACGGCACGACAUGAAUUCAAGCAGCAGGUCAAGUCUGCGUGAUAACAGAGGGUAUAAAUGUGGUGUAUUACUCUCCUACUCUCCAAAACAGCCAGUCAGUAUCAGCACUUGUAAUCAAACUGGGUUCUUUUCCAUCGUCGGUAUUACAAAGAUUACCAGUAGAUCGUAAAGGAGAAAAUCAUUACUGGGAAGCAGUAGCCAAUCAUUUGGGCAAAAAGCCAGUACUUCACAAAGCUGCACAAAGCUGGUACUAGCAAAAGCUGGUUUAAAAAAGGGAAAAAAGUCAUGUUCCCUGGAAGGCCACUUACCCCGAUUAUAUUACUGAGAUGGCAUAGAGCUUUUCCACAUCUGUGGUGACUAUGAGUCAGACUAUCAUGCAGGCUUCUGUACUCAAAUCUGUGCUUUAAAAAUAAAAAAAAUAGCAAGUUGUGAAGAGUAGCACUUGUUAUUUCCAGU